UUCCUUACAUCACUAUUACUGAUUUUUCUAUACUCGCCACGAAAAUUAUUAAAACAUUUUUUCCAAAAUAUUUAAAAUACAACAUAAACUUUUUACAUCAACAACAUACCAUUUAUUUUUAAUCACCACAAAUGUGAAAUGGAUUACGAGAGUCAUUUCGCUUUAAUUUUUUUUAAUCGAUUCAUUUGGCCAUCGGAAAAAAAAAUUCAAUCUGGCAACACGUUUCACUCUCGCGCCAUCUGUUACCAAAGUGAAAAACUAGUCACCGCACGUUCUUGGAAGAAGAUGGUGUUAUUGGAGAACGAAGCCUUUCUUAGCGAACUGACCAGGCUAUUUCAAAGAGGCAGAAACAGCGGCAGCAUGUAUUUGACCAUGAAAAGAUAUGAUGGAAGAACCAAGCCCAAGCCCAAGCCCAAGCCGUCGAAUGUGCCAGUUUCUCCGUCUAUGCAAGUAAGCGAAUUCAAAUGUCUGGUAAAAGCCAAGCUGGGAAACAAAAAGUUAACUACUGUGGUCAGUGCCAAAGAUGUUAAUAAAUUUCAAUUAGCUUACGCAAAUCUCUUGAAAGGUAACAUGGACGGUCUGAAGAAGAAAGAUAAAAAGAAGAUAAUAUCAAAAUCUAAAGCUACUCAAUAAAUUCUGUUCUUGUAAAUGAAUUUUGUAAUGAUUAAAAACUCAUUUUGUAAACAAAUAUUUUCUACAUUCUCAAUUCUCAUCACACUUAAACUGAUCAUUGUUAUUUAUUUGCGUGUUUGAUCAUUAUGAAAAUUUUAGAUUUUCAAUUUUGUACCUGAAGAAAAUAUAAAUAAAAUUAAUUAUCACGAAAUGUUUGUUGGCAAUCCACUUUUAUUUUAAAUAAUAUUUAAUUAAUUACAGAUUCACAUCCAUGUGCUUGGAAAUAAUUAAUGUACGGUACCUUGCCAAAUUAUUAGACCCACUGACUAAAAUCAUACUUUUUGUACUAUUUUCUUCUCUGUUUCAUAAUAUUGUGUAAGGAAUGAGUAUUUUUUUUACUAUUAUAUCACAAACACUUGUAAUAAAUUUUUUAUAUGGCAACUGUAAAUAGACAAAUCAACUUUCUACUACAAAAAGAGAAAUUGAAAGUUCUUACUAAGGCAUGGCACCAUAGUCCAUUGAUAACAAAAGUAAACAAAUAUAUAAAGUGUAUUCUUUAUUAUGUAGAAGUACUACUGGCUGUUAAGAGUGGUCAUACAAAAUGAGCAGUUGAUUUUGAAAGUGGGGCAAGUCCAUUUUAUGCUAUUGCUAGAUAUUUAAUGGUUGCAUUUGAAUAAGUUUAAAAAUAUUUGUAAGCAGUAAUACUUAUUUUAUAUUUUUUUGGUGUUGUUUCAUGUAAAUUUAAUAUGCAAUAAUGAUUAUCUGUGUUAGGUGAAAAAAUCAUGAUUUUGGUAUGUGCCAAUGGACUUACCUCACUUUCAAAAGCAAUGAUUUGUUGAAAAUGUUGAUUUUCUUUGAAUGAAAUGUAAUUAUAAUAACAAAAAAUUGAAUAUUUUAUUUAUUUACAUAUUUAUUUUAUUUCAACAUUUCAUACUUCUUUCAAAAAGCUACAAUAAAACAAAAAUAAAUUUCUUCACUUCUCUUAACCUGUUACCGGUGCAUUACAUGUAAAUGCACCAGUAACAGGUUAACAGAAGUGAGGAUUUUUACUCCAGUGCUGAAGUAGAGAUCAACUUUGUAUUUAAAAAUAAAUUUAUUUUUAUAUCAAAAAAUGGAUAAAAUAAGAAAAAUAUUCAGUAAUAAGUUGCAUGCAUAUAUAAACCACAUUCAUAUCCAGCAGAAUUAAAUAAAUAA